AUGCGCGAACUAGACCCUCUCAUAUCUGAAUACAGACAUGAGAAAAAGCGUCCACGUGAAGCAGAGGCACUUUUCAUCCUGCGGAAAGUGGCCUCCAUGGUCAAACCGAUCAUGCGCCAGCGCGCCUGGAGAGUGGGUGCCCUUUGCGAGUUCUAUCCAAGCCAAAGCAACCUUCUGGGUCUGAAUGUCAACCAUGGCCAAAAAAUUUGCCUGAGACUACGGUAUGGUUCGGAUCAAAAGCAGUUUCUUCCUAUUGAACAGAUUACGGACACGAUGCUACACGAACUGAGCCACAUUGUCCAUGGACCGCACAAUCGGGACUUUCAUGCACUGUGGAAUCAGCUCCGUGACGAGCAUGAGGAACUUGUGAUUAAGGGGUACACAGGAGAAGGCUUCCUUUCCCAAGGCAAGCGCCUGGGCGGAGCCAGAAUACCCCUGGAUGAAGCUCGCCGACAGGCCCGUGCUACUGCGGAAAAGCGACGUAUCCUCGCCAAAAACUCAGGGAAGAGGCUCGGUGGUGCUCCUGUGCUUCGCGGCACAGACAUGCGCAAAGUUAGAGCGGAUGCCGCCCAGCGUCGCCUCGAGGUGAUGAAUGGAUGUGCGUCUGGAACAGACCGAGAAACCGAACUUGUGGAGGAGGAAUCCAGAAAUGGAUUCAGAACAAAAGCAGAAGAAGAUGAUGCGAACGAAGAAGCUAUUCUUCAAGCCUUCAUUGAAUUGAUCCAAGAAGAGGAACGUGAGAAGUAUGGGUCUUCGUAUGUGCCUCCGAGCCAGGAGAACCCGGCAGGACCGCGAACAGAAUCAUCUCUGCCCAAGUCAUCUGCCAGGGAUACGGCAAAAUCAUUGCUGUCGAAGAAAACACCAGCUGUUUCGUCCAGCUCGACAACUGCCAACAAUAGUUCCUAUGACGCUCCGUGGACAUGCCCGAUGUGCACAUUGGAAAACCCAUCCAAUUUUCUAUGUUGUGAUGUCUGUGCUUCAGAAAGACCGACUCCUACAAAUACCAACGUAGCCAAGGGCUCGAGUAGACAAACGCCUGCGCAGAGUGUUCGCGCAGAACCAGAAAAUCAGAAGAAGCGCGCUCUGCCAGAUGAUACGGGAGCAAAACUCGACCCUGCUCAUGGUACAUUCGCAUUCAAAAACCGUACUCGCGCAUUGGAUACUCUUUCAUCUCUAGACCGGGAUGCCAACAAACGACCACUAGGGUGGGUUUGCUCAUGCGGCACUUUUAUGGAGACUCAAUGGUGGACAUGUUCCCUAUGUGGGUCAAUGAAGCCAUCUUCAUGA